AUGACUAUCAACCCUAGGAAUGAGAUGAAGCAUGCAGUUGAAUUCUUGGUGGUGAAUCAGGAUUAUAAACCGUUGCUGGGUUUUGAAACAAUCCAGAAGUUUGAGCUAAUGACAGUGAACACCGAGAACGUAAUGUCAGUCCGAAGUCAUUCCGGAAUCAGUCCGAAGUCGUUCCGAAGUCAGCACGAGGGAAAUCCGAAGUUACGAAGACAGCCCGAAGUCAACCGAAAGUCCGUACAGAGUCUGAAGUCAUCAGCGUGUACAAAGACGUGUUCACAGGUGAAGGCCGAUUUGAAGAGAAGCUGCAUCUCGAAGUUAAUAAAGAAAUUCCACCCACUAAAAUACCUGUUCGGAAGGUACCAAUCGCCCUCAAGAAACCGAUUAAAGAAGAGCUAGAUCGACUAGUAAAAUUGGAUGUCUUGACGAAAGUGGAAGUACCAACGGAUUGGAUCUCGUCCAUGGUCGCUGUUCAAAAGAAAGAUGGAAGCGUUAGACUAUGCAUAGAUCCAAAGCCAUUGAACAAGGCAUUGAAACGAAAUCAUUAUCCACAUCCACAUCCAGAUAUAGAAGAUCUUCUACCCAACUUGGCAAAGUCCAAAGUAUUUUCCGUGGUGGAUGCAAAGAAUGGAUUUUGGCAUGUACAAUUUAGAUCAAGAAAGUAG